GCGCCGCUGCUCUCGCCGCCCCACCGCGCCCUGGCGCUCGAGCCGCGCCGCGACUACCCGGCCGUGCCCCGCCUGCUGCACGGGCUGCCCGACGGCGCCCACGGCCUCGCCGACGGCGCGCUGGGGCUGCACGGCCUGGCCCACCACGGCCUCGAGGACAUCCAGGCCGUGGACGACAGCGGGAUGAACCUGCUCGAUCAGUCCGUGAUCAAGAAAGGCUGGCUCAGGUGCUCCGAUCACCUGCUGCUUGCGGGAACAGGAAAGCAGCAGCUGAAGAUCGAGGGGGACUUUUGGUUUGCUCAGAUGACAAGAGACAAUUUUGGGCCCCCCAAAGCCAAGGAAACAAAGCUGUCAGGCUUUAAUGGUAGCUUGUCUCCCUCCUGCAGCAUGUUUAUGGGCAAACAAGCUGCAGAUCAGACCAGGCAAACAGCAGUGCCCAUUCCCUCCAAGGCCAACGGCACCAUUUCCACGCUGGCAAUGAACAAGGACGGUCUGAUCGGAGGGGUGACGAAUCCCAACGAGGUCUUCUGCUCCGUGCCUGGCCGCCUCUCUCUCCUCAGCUCCACCUCCAAGUACAAGGUGACGGUCGGGGAGGUGCAGAGGCGCCUUUCUCCCCCCGAGUGUCUCAACGCCUCUCUGCUCGGCGGGGUCCUCCGGAGAGCAAAGUCAAAAAACGGGGGCCGAUGUUUAAGGGAAAGGCUAGAGAAAAUCGGACUCAAUCUACCUGCAGGAAGGCGCAAAGCCGCAAACGUCACCUUGCUGACAUCCCUAGUGGAAGGCGAAGCCGUUCACCUCGCUCGGGAUUUCGGCUAUGUGUGCGAGACGGAGUUCCCGGCCAAGGCGGCAGCCGAGUACGUGUGCCGGCAGCACGCGGACCCCGCCGAGCUGCAUGCCAGGAAGAACAUGCUGCUGGCCACCAAGCAAAUUUGUAAAGAGUUUGCGGAUUUGAUAGCCCAGGACCGCUCGCCCCUCGGAAACAGCCGCCCCUCACUCAUCUUAGAGCCUGGCGUCCAGAGCUGUUUGACUCAUUUCAGCUUGAUAACCCACGGCUUUGGGGGCCCAGCCAUCUGCGCCGCGCUCACAGCCUUCCAGAACUACCUGGUGGAGUCCCUGAAAGGGCUGGAUAAAAUGUUCAUGAACAGCACGGGGAACGGGCACGCGGCCGGAGACUCCAAAGGCUCGGAAAAGGAAGCGAAGCAUCGGAAAUAACCAGCUGCAUCCCUCCCGCUCCCUCGGGAGCGCCAUGCCCAGCGCCGGGGGAAGGCUGCGCGGCCCCGGGGGAAGAAAGACAACCCGGGGCCCUGUUCUCUGAAGUGCUGCAUUUGGACGUGGGAGGAAACUCGCAACGAGGGGCGGGGAAAAAGACUUGGG